AUGGCGCCGGCACCACUGGAGUUGCUGCCGAUGCUGGUGCUGCUCAUGGUGGUCGUCGGGCCAUGCGCCGGCGCCGGAGACGGAGCCGGGCGCAUCGAAAUGUGGCCAAUGCCGGCGUCUGUGAGCCGCGGCGCGCAGACGCUCUUCGUCAGCAAGGACCUCAAGCUGUCGACGGUGGGGAGCAACUACUCCGACGGUAAGAGUAUCUUGAAGGACGCAUUCCAGAGGAUGGUGGCGGUUGUGGAGCUGGACCAUGUCAUCAAUGGGAGCUACCAGGGUGCACCCGUGCUCACCGGCGUGAACGUCGUUGUUCGUUGGACGAACGAUGAGCUCAACUUCGAGGUGGAUGAAUCGUACAAGUUGUCUGUGCCUGCAACUGGAAAUCCGUUGUAUGCCCAAAUUGAGGCUCAAACAAUUUAUGGAGCACUUCAUGCCUUGGAGACCUUUAGCCAAUUGUGUAACUUUGAUUUCAAUGCAAGGCUAAUUGAACUUCAUUCGGCUCCUUGGACUAUCCUGGACACGCCCAGAUUUCCUUACCGAGGGCUUCUUAUUGAUACUUCAAGGCAUUAUCUUCCUGUCCCAGUAAUAAAAAGUGUAAUUGAUUCAAUGACCUUCAGUAAGUUGAACAUUCUUCAUUGGCAUAUCGUGGAUGAGCAGUCAUUUCCUCUUGAAAUACCUUCAUACCCAAAAUUAUGGAAUGGCGCAUACUCUUAUUCAGAGAGAUAUACAAUGGAUGAUGCUAUCGACAUUGUUCAGUACGCUGAAAAACGAGGUGUGAAUGUCUUGGCUGAGAUCGAUGUACCUGGUCAUGCUCUCUCAUGGGGUGUCGGAUAUCCAUCAUUGUGGCCAUCAGCUACAUGUAAAGAACCACUUGAUGUCAGCAGCGACUUUACAUUCCAAGUGAUUGAUGGAAUUCUUUCAGAUUUCAGCAAGGUUUUUAAGUUCAAGUUUGUCCACUUGGGAGGUGAUGAAGUCAACACAGGUUGCUGGACUACCACACCACGCAUUAAAUCAUGGUUGAUUCAGCAUGGUAUGAACGAGUCUGAUGCCUACAGAUAUUUUGUACUGAAAGCUCAAAAGAUAGCAAUAUCACACGGUUAUGACAUCAUUAACUGGGAAGAAACAUUUAACAACUUUGGAGACAAGUUGGAUCGUAAAACUGUGGUGCAUAACUGGCUUGGAAGUGGAGUUGCGGAGAAAGUGGUUGCUGCUGGUCUGAGAUGCAUUGUAAGCAACCAGGAUAAGUGGUACCUAGAUCACUUGGAUGCUACAUGGGAGGGAUUUUACAUGAAUGAACCACUGACAAACAUCUACAACCCGGAACAACAGAGUUUGGUUCUUGGCGGUGAGGUAUGCAUGUGGGGUGAACACAUAGAUGCAUCAGACAUUCAGCAAACCAUUUGGCCACGUGCUGCAGCAGCUGCAGAGCGGUUGUGGACACCCAUUGAGAAGGUUGCGAAGGACACAAGAUCGGUCACUGCGAGAUUGGCACGCUUCAGGUGCUUGCUGAAUCAAAGAGGGGUUGCUGCUGCACCGCUAGCUGGUUAUGGCCGUUCAGCGCCAUCAGAACCAGGUUCCUGUAUAAGGCAGUAGGACUUUCAUAUCAGGUACAUAAUAUUCAUAAAAGAAAUAAACACCAUUCCAGGCAUCGUUUUUUACAGCUUUGAGCAAUUAAGAAGAGCUCAGAUCAAUGUAAGGCAAGAAGUUGUGUGGGCCAACAUAAUAUUUCAAUAAUAUUCUAUUUUUGAUGUGGUAAUUGUAUUCAUGUGGAGA